CAGGAAUUCCUUAAACCUUAACCUUAGCAAGAGGACCGAGCAAAGCAAUGCAAACCACUGCAAACCUUUGUUGCUUCGAUUCGUCUCAUUAACAACAGUGGUCUGUAUAGAAUACUUGGACAAAGCUUUGUCAACCAUGACGGCAGGUGAAGAACAGAAAGGCGGUGCAAAGAAGGACAUGCGGUCUGACUUCGAGAGGACAAUCUCUAUGAUUCCUGCGCCAUCCUUCACAACGGAUGUGCCUCCUGAAUGUGCUGGUACUGCCAUGUCCAUGGUUUUUGAAGAAGAGUCUGAAAAGGCACCACCGAAAGAGAUCAUGAGGAAUGUCCGCGAGUUCUGUGAAUCGCAGGACAUGGUGGAGUUCUGCGAAAAAGCAGGCGUGAUGGGAGGUACUUUUGAGUGGAAUGCCAACAACAACAAUGCUUCGAGGUACUUCAAGAGACACAGUAACGUUACUACACGAUUCUUGAGGUCUUACGAGAAGAAUCUUGAAAAGGUUGUCCCCUUGAACCACCACAAACAGUACAUCAACUUCUGGGAAACCUACCGUCACGACGAAUCUGCGAAGCGCAUCGGUGUGGUUUUCCAUGGUACACCCGAAGAAAGAGUCCAAGAGAUCUUGAACAAUGGUCUGGACCCCAAGUACCGCAAGACUCAAGCCUUUGGAAAGGGGGAAUACUUCUCCAAGGACCCAGGUUUGGCAACAACAUACACUAAAGGUGGACACAAGAUGAUUGUCUUCUUGAUCUUCAUCCCUGAAGAACACGAAAGGUACUACAACCAAAAGGAUCGUGACAUUAUUGUCGUAAACAACACAUCCCACGAGCUUCCUAUUGGAGUGAUCACCUAUGAAAGUGUCGACCGCGCGAUUGUCCAACACACUCAAAGAUUGCGCAUUGAACAAAAGGAGAUGAAGUUCGAAGCCAUGGGCAAAGAAAAAAUUCUGAAGAAGGCCAAGGAGGAUGGUGCUGACGAAGGAACCAUCAAGAAGCUAGAAGACGAUGUCCAGGAAGCUUGGGACGAGUACUUUCGCACCAAGCUCAACAAGGAUAGGAAUGUGAUGGAUCAUCUCCACGAGACCAACAUUAUCUUUGACAAGUAGAUUGCUUUGGAGGCGGGCUGAAUACGCAUUGCUGGAAGCAUUAUGACCGUCUUCAUUGUGCGUUCUUCUCAAGUGCCAGCUACGCACCUACUUCACCCCCCGUGGGCAACCACAACAAUGAGAUCUUACCGGGCAGUUCUUUUCUGGAGCUCCUUCCGGUAUAAUAUACCUCUUAGAUAUUUGCAUUUUAGUUUGCUCAAUUAAUACCGUAGAGGAGUUACUCAUCAGGCGCAACAAGAUC